AUGGAAUUCGGUGACGACCUCAUGCCGGGCUCCGACGCCCACCGCCGGAAGAAGCGCUACCACCGCCACACGCCCCGCCAGAUUCAGCAGCUCGAGGCGAUGUUCAAGGAGUGCCCGCACCCGGACGAGAACCAGAGGAUGCACCUCAGCCGGGAGCUGUCCCUCGAGCCCAGGCAGAUCAAGUUCUGGUUCCAGAACCGCAGGACGCAGAUGAAGGCGCAGCACGAGCGCGCCGACAACUGCUUCCUCCGCGCCGAGAACGACAAGAUCCGCUGCGAGAACAUCGCCAUGCGCGAGGCACUCAAGAACGUCAUCUGUCCCACCUGCGGCGGCCCGCACUCCGGCGCCGACGACUACUUCGACGAGCACAAGCUCCGGAUGGAGAACGCGCACCUCAAGGAAGAGCUUGACCGCGUGUCGAGCCUGACGUCCAAGUACCUGGGGCGGCCCAUCACGCAGAUGCCGUCCAUGCACCAGCCGCUGUCCAUGUCCUCGCUCGAGCUCUCCGUCGGCGGGCUCGGCAGCCCGGUGUCGGCGCUCGGCCCGUCGCUCGACCUGGACCCGUUCAGCGGUGGCGGCUCGUCGUCGUUCCAGCUGCCGGCGCCCGUGUCCGAGAUGGAGCGGCCGAUGAUGGCCGAGAUGGCCACGCGCGCCAUGGACGAGCUCAUCAGGCUCGCACAGGCCGGCGAGCACCUCUGGGCCAAGGCGGCCGGCGGCCGGGAGGUGCUCAACGUCGACACCUACGACAGCGUCUUCGCCAAGCCCGGGAGCAGCGCGUUCCGCGGUCCCGACGUGCACGUCGAGGGCUCCCGCGACUCCUGCCUCGUCCUCUCCAGCGCCGUCGGCCUCGUCGACGUCUUCAUGGACUCGAGCAAGUGGACGGAGUUCUUCCCUACCAUCGUGGCCACGGCGCGCACGGUGGACGUCCUCGUGAACGGCAUGGCUGGCCGGAGCGAGUCGCUGGUGCUGAUGUACGAGGAACUGCACGUGAUGACGCCGGUGGUGCCGACGCGCGAGCUCUGCUUCCUCCGCUACUGCCGGCAGAUCGAGCAGGGCCUGUGGGCGAUCGCCGACGUGUCCGUGGACCUGCAACGUGACACACGCUACGGAGCGCCCCCGCCCCGCUCCCGCCGUCUCCCCUCCGGCUGCCUCAUCGCCGACAUGUCGAACGGAUACUCCAAGGUGACCUGGGUCGAACACAUGGAGACGGAGGACAAGGUGCCCAUUAACAUGCUCUACCGCGACCUGGUCGCGAGCGGCGCGGCGUUCGGGGCGCACCGGUGGCUGGCAGCGCUGCAGAGGGCGUGCGAGCGGCACGCGUGCCUCGUGGCGCCGCCGCUCGGCCGGGACAUCGCCGUGGCCGGGGUGACGGCGGAGGGCAGGAGGAGCAUGAUGAGGCUGUCGCAGCGGAUGGUGGGCAGCUUCUGCGCGAGCCUGAGCGCGUCGCAGCUGCACCGGUGGACGACGCUGUCGGGGCCGGGAGCCGGGUCGGACGACGCGGCGGGCGUGCGCGUCAUGGUGCACCGCAGCACGGACCCCGGGCAGCCCAGCGGCGUGGUGCUCAGCGCCGCCACCUCCAUCUGGCUUCCCGUCUCGUGCGAGCGCGUGUUCGCGUUCGUGCGCGACGAGAACACACGCUCCCAGUGGGACGUGCUCUCGCACGGCAACCCUGUGCAGGAGGUGUCGCGCAUCCCCAACGGCUCCCACCCCGGCAACUCCAUCUCUUUGCUCAGAGGCCUGAACGCGAGCCAGAACAGCAUGCUGAUCCUGCAGGAGAGCUGCGCGGACGCGACGGGGUCGCUGGUGGUGUACGCGCCGAUCGACCUGCCGGCGGCGAACGUGGUGAUGAGCGGGGAGGACCCGUCGGCGAUCCCGCUGUUGCCGUCGGGGUUCACCAUCGUGCCCGACGGCCGCGGGUCGGCGGGGUCGGUGGUGACGGUGGCGUUCCAGAUCCUGGUGAGCAGCCUGCCGUCGUCGCGGCUGAACGCGGAGUCGGUGGCGACUGUGAACAGCCUGAUCAGCACCACCGUGGAGCAGAUCAAGGCGGCCUUGAAUUGCGGCAGCCGCCAUUAA